GCGUUGCAGUGGUGUCCUGUCAUUAAGCUGUGUGUUCCGUGCUUGCCACUUCUUGUUCUUGUAGAGUAAACACAAAAGUAUUUCUUUUGAAGUUGUCCUCCAAUUUUUUGUCCGAAAAUAUGAAUUUAAAUGACUCGAGUCGCGUACUUAUAAUUUAGUGUCCGUUAUCAGCUAAAACUAAAAUCCACUGCCAUGGCUAGUGAUUUGAUAAGACAAAAGGAUAAGCUAGGCUCCCCGUCGACAGGAAGUGACGACGGCAAUGAACCCAAUGAGCCAGUAGGAGCGCAGACUAAAGAGCCCGAGGAACCGGAUUUAGGUGACUCUGCCCAUUAUGCCCCAUCAGAAACUUUGUGGUACCAUGGCAGGUUGGAUAGGUACCAAGCCGAAGAACGCUUGUGGAAUUGCAACAAGCUCGGGGCGUAUCUUGUAAGGGAGAGUGACCGAAAGCCUGGAUCAUAUGUGCUCUCUUAUCUGGGGCGAACAGGGAUGAAUCACUUUCGAAUAACCGCAGUUUGCGGCGAUUUUUACAUAGGAGGUAGACAGUUUGUAUCACUGAAUGAUCUAGUAGGUUAUUACACACAGUGCAGUGAUUUGUUGAAAAGGGAGCGGUUGGUACAUCCUGUAGCCCCUCCAGAACCUGUAAAUGACAAAAAGAGGGUGGUGGCAAUAUUGCCUUACACGAAAAUGCCGGAUACAGACGAGCUCACCUUCAAAAAGGGCGACAUAUUUUUCGUACACAAUGACAUGGACAACGGUUGGUUGUGGGUGACUGCCCAUCGCACCGGAGAACAGGGAAUGAUAUUCCAAGAAUUGGUGGAGGAUCUGGACGACAGCAUCGAUCCUAACACGGUGUUUCCAUGGUUCCAUCCCAACUGCACAAAAAACGAGGCGGUCGAUUUGUUGGUUAAAGCUGGACCUGGUAGUUUUCUGGUUCGCCCCAGCGAUAACUCUCCUGGCGAUUACUCGCUCUUUUUCCACAUCAAUAAUCAAAUCCAACGGUUCCGGAUCGAGAAAAAGGGUGUACGAUACCUGAUGGGCGGCCGCAUAUUCGAAUGCCUGGAUGCGGUCAUCAACCGUUACAGAAAGGAGCAGAUCGUCGAGGGCUACACCCUCCAGCACCCUCUGGUGGUGGACGGCAGCAAACAGCUCGACUGGGUUCCCGAAAACCAAAAGGCUAAGUCGGACGCGGAGAAGAUUUACGCUACGCUACGGGAAUGUCGUGACCAGGCGGGCUUGAAAAAAAUGAGGGGCAUCAAGCACCAAGGGUACCUGCAUCGCAAAUCCGACAAAACGGUGAAAAAAUGGAAGCUACUCUAUUUCGUCCUGUUGGUCGAGGGCACCGACACCCACCUGUACUUUUACGAGAACCCCAAACGCACCAAACCGAAGGGGUUGAUCGAUUUGUCCUGCGCCUACCUUUACCAGGUGCACGACAGUUUAUGGGAGCGCUCGAACUGCAUCCAGAUCGUGGAACGCGCCCUGCCUUGUCUAGCGACGGCCACCCACUUGGCCGCCCGCUCCCCCGAAGACUGCCAGGAUUGGGUCAACGCGCUCAAGCCGUUAUGCGUGCCCCAAUUGAGCCGCGCCACCGCCAAGGUGCCCCGUUUGAGGGAGCUCCGAUGUCUCACCCUCCACCUUCUCGACGCCCACAGAUUACCUUACAAGUUGGUACCGCUGCCUUACGUCACCGUGCAGUUCAAUAAUCAGGUGCGCAUCGCCCGCACCAGAGCUAAGAGUGGACCGGACCCCGUGUGGGACGAAGAGUUUGUCUUCGACGACGUGCCGUGCGACGUGGUCUCCAUUUCGCUGACCGUUUUCAAUAAAGGCAAGCGCGGCAAAGACACUGAAGUAGCCGAGCUCCACCUCGAACUGUCCGGGUUAGGCAACGGCGAAGAACGGGAGGAGUGGUACUCCCUUUCCGGCCUCACGCCCAUGGGCGAAUGGGGCUCGUUAAGACUGAGGACGAGAUACCUGCAUGACCUGGUGAUGCCCGGCGAGGAGUACAGCCCGCUGCAGCAACUGCUGCUCGAGCCGGGCUUGGCAUCCGUCAAAACACUGGCGGAAAUCUGUCACCUGGACCGCGCCCCUCUCGCAACUGCGCUACUGCGCGUCUUCCGUUCGGAGGGCAGAGAGACGGAGCUGCUGCGCGAGCUCAACUGCGCGGAGGUGGCACGCGAGACUGAGACCGGUACUCUGUUCCGCGCCGCCUCCCUCGCCACCACCCUCAUGGACCUCUACAUGAGGGCGGAGUGCGGCGGUUUCCUGCAGGCAGCCGUUCUCGAGACGGUCCUGCGCCUGCUAGAGAGCAAGCAGUCCGCAGAACUCAAUCCGGCCAAGAUGGAGUCGCUGGACGAUGCGUGCGCCAACGCGGAGUUUUUGUUACAGGUGCUGGACCAGGUGACGUUGUCGAUUUUCACGUCCCCUGACGCUUGUCCGAGGUCGCUGCGCUACAUCUGCGGCUGCCUCCAGAGGGCGGCCGCAGGAAAAUGGCCGGACGAGCGGCUGGUGCGUACCCGGGUGGUGUCGGGUUUCAUAUUCCUCAGGCUGUUGUGCCCUGCCCUGCUCAAUCCCCGCCAAUUCGGGUUGGUCAGCGAACAGCCGAGUCCGGCAGCCACCCGCAGCCUCGUCAUGGUGGCCAAGUGCCUCCAGAAUUUGGCCAAUUUGGUCGAGUUCGGAGGUAAGGAGCCCUAUAUGGAAGUGGUCAACCCAUUCAUACUGAAGAACAAGGAGCGGAUGGUGGUGUUCCUCGACCAGCUGUCCAUGGUCAACGACCCAGGCGAUCCGCGUAUAGUAUCGAAACCGGACACCGCCAAAGAGUUGGCAACAUUGCACCAUAUAUGCGUCGCCCACCUCCCCGAGCUUCAAGCGGUAGCCAAGGUAAAUUCGUCGAUCAAAACGCUGGUGACCGUGACGGAAAUGUUGGCCAAACACAAGCAGAAGUACUUGGAGAUGAUAAGAUAGUUGAUGUUGGGCCAGAAAAAGCUCGAACUGGCGUCGAAAAAGUUCCAGCAGUGAGCGGAGAGCUGCGAUCGAUAACGAUAUUUUUGUACGUCACGGACAUCGACUUAUUCGUAAGGAAGGCUAGACCCAUUUAAUCCCCUCCCCCACCUUCCUGCCCCCGCACUACUACUCUAAGUCGCGUGGUUUUUCUGUCAUCAUAGUGCCAUAUAUAUAUUCAAUCUACCACGGGGACACUUUCUGAUCGGAAUCUAUCGGGAAAACGACACCAAAAAAAACCUACAUAUAUCGACUGUAAUGAACCAUUCUAAGUCAGUUUUUUUUUAUUAUUAGUCAAUGCGCUCGGGAGUUUUUGGACUGGUUAUUUUAGUUAGGUUAGGUUUAGUUAGAAGUUGGUUAGUUAUCCCUCCUUUUUUCGCGAGCUUCCCAUUUUUUUCUGAUCAAAAAUUUGCAGAUUGUGACCAGGGAUUUAUAAGCGACAAAAAAGUACCAAAUUUGUGUUCUACCUUUAAGAUCAUAGGACAAAAUGGUUUAUGAGAAAAAAACUUUUUAAGCGUCCAAACACUCCCUAGUAUGUUUCGUUUUUUGUAUAAACUGCUACGUAUUUAUUUGAUUGUUAGUACGUCAUAUUAUAUAUUAGACUGUGUAAUAGGUGAGGUGUAUUUGUACUCAUUAUUAUUCGCAUUGAAUGUAAACUUUUCUACCGUUUCGGUUCGUUUUUUAAUAAAAGCCCUUUUUAUAUAUCCUAUUGGAACCAUGACGAAACUUUUUUGUUUUACUUGGAAGCGUUUGCCUUUUUAGCUAUGCGCAGUUUUUUAAUUACGACAAUCAAAAAAACUUUUCAAGCUUCUUUUAAAAUCAGAAUGUUUGUUCUGACCGUGAUCGUAUCAUUCUCCAACGAAUCUAUAUAUAAGAUGUUCCAACGCGACAGGGAACUACGCAAAAAUCGGUAAUUUUUAGUUGUUCAAACAUUUUUUGACGCAUCCAAGGUUUGUACGAAAUUGAAAAACAAAAUUAAUCUACUGGAAAUUACCUUCCUAAAACGGUUAUCGUUGAAGAAGGUAAUUUCGAUACUAGUCAGUAGGAACUGCUUGAAGGGAAUGGAAUUUUCGUCCCAAGUUUUCUUUUAUAUUUUCCAUAAAAAUCUAUUAUAAUGUUGGUGUCACUUACGUCCAUUUAUGUUCUUUUUUCGUUGCAUUUGAUGGACUGAGAAAAUUUGAUGUUUGAAAUUGUAUUAUCAUUGCACUUACACUUUCCACCAUUUUCUCUCCAGACGGCGACCUCCACGCACUUAAUUCGUUUUCCCAAAAGAUUUGACGAGAUCUAGGCAUAUUUUGAGAAAAUACUGUAAAAUUGCUACAUCUAAACUGAAUCCUGUCGAAUUGCCGAACUGUCUGCAGCCAUGUUAGUUGCUUAAGAACGAUAUUUCAAAUGAUCGUAUAUGCGCCUGUUAAUUAAAUGGAUAUUUUUUCAUCGUGACUUCAAAAAUUCCUGUAGAGCGCGAUUCCUUAUUAAAAAAAAGUGUAUAUAUACACGUUUCGAAAAUUUUCAUUAAUUUAUUAAUUUUAUUUAUGACGUCUCCUCUCCAGCCCACCACUGCUUUUUUUGUAACUUUAGUGUUUGCUGUUUGAUUAAGCAUCUAAAAAUACAACUUCUUUGCCUCUUGCAAAAAAACAAGAACAGUUUUAUGACAUGUCACAUGACAAAAUCGUUUGGGACAGGUGCAAAAUUCACGCAUGUGCUUAAAACUAGUUCUACCGAUUCGAAAACUACACUCGAACCAAAACAUCAGGUUCAAACAAAUCUAUUUUUUUCUUAUCCAUCCAUUGAAACACCGCUACAUCUCACAUUGUAUAGGCUAGCCCGUUUUUCUUAGGACGCUACCUUAUCUCAGGAACUAUAGGGAAUGGAGCCAAAAGUUAAAUACAAACCUUUAAUUUAUUAUAAUGUUGUAUAUACAGGAUGUUUUAAUUUUUCGUGGGCUAGUAUCAACUUUCUUAUUAUAAAUGGAACGCCUGGUAUAUUCGUUUUUUAAUUCUAUAAAAAUUUCUAGACAUUUUUUGUGUAAUAUCCUAUACCUUAGUAUAACCGUUUCUGGCAUUUUUAAUUUUUUAUGCGAAAAUUGACGUUUGCGAGGCUUAACAUAUUUGCCCAAUUCUUCAUUCGGAAGCAUUUUUUGUUUCACUUGAGUAAAUUUUGCUGUAGACGAAGGACUCGAACAACGAAGUUCAUAAUAAAUUUCGAUAUUUAAUAAUACAGGGAACGCGAAAAAUACGAUUAAAAAUGAAAUUAAAAAAAUUGCCAUAAAAAAUUGUUUUUUAAAUGGAAACCAUCCGUUUUUAUAAUCCUGUCAUAUUUAGCAUAAAAAAUUAAAACAAUUUUAUAUAAAGUUGUAUUUUACAUUUUUACUUUUUGAAAUAUUACCUUUUAAACAUUUGUCACAAAUAAUAUGCGGUUGCCAUAUAAAUUUGAUUAGUGUAAGGUGGCUAUGACAGCUUUAAACAAAAUAAGUGCUAGGAUGCUGCUUGCGUAUUAUGUUUACCACAGACGAAAAGAUUGAUGUUAGAAAGUUACAUACCCUGGCCCUUAGAGAUUAUAUUAGAAAAUUUCCAUUAAGAAUGCGCCCAAAAAAAAAAAGAUCUUCGAGAGGAUUUACGAACACUUUAAAAUAUAUGGAACUUUGAAGAAAGAAAAAGAUAGACGUUGUCAUAUUUUGAAUGAUGAAGAGCAACUUAAUAUUUUGUUGUAUUUUGCAGAGACCCCUGGAGAUUUAACCCGAAUCUUUUAGAAAUGCCAUUAUGUAUUUAAAGACCCUUUAUACUGCUUGUAUAUUAUUAUAUAUUAAUUUUUUAUUGAUCGUUCAUUACCAAAAAAUAUCACCAACGUUAUCGCUUAUCCUUGGUUUUAUUUUGUGAAAAUGAUGCAUACAUCUUUGGAACUAUGAAAUAGCAAUUCAUAGUGGCAGCACUUGUUUUGUUUAAACGCCGUCAUAGCCAGCUUACACCAACUGAACUUAUAUGGAAACAGCAUAUUAUUUGUGAUAGACAAAGGAAAUAUUUCAAAAAGUAAUAUUGGGCAUAUACAACCUUAUAUAAAAUUGCCUUAAUUUUUAAUGCUAAAUUAUAACAAGAUUAUUAAAAGUGCGUGGUUUCCAUUAAAAAAAGUUUUUUGGCAUUUUUUUUUAAUUUUAUUUUUAAUCUUAUUUUUCGCGUACCAUGUAUCGAAAUUUCUUAUGAAAUCCGUUAUUCCAGUCCUUCGUCGACAACAAAAUUUACUCAAGUGAAACCAUAAAUGCUUUUGAAUGAAAAAAUUGGCAGAUAUUUUGCAAACAUCAUUUUUCGCAUAAAAAAUUAAAAAUGUCAAAAACCGUUAGACCUAGGUUUAGGACAUUAUACGCAAUGUCGUAUAGAAUUCAAAAAUGAACUAAUAUCCAGGUUUUAAAAUAAGUUGAGACUCGCCCACGAGAAAUGAAACACCCUGUAUAUACUGUAUAUUAAAAUAAAUUAAAGCUUUGUAAUACCCCAAUUAACUUUUGUAUUUAACUUUUGGCUCCAUCCCGUAUAGUUUCUGAGAUAAGGUGGUGGCCCACCCUAUGGCUCACCUACCUACAUUGCACAAGCCGUGUUGAUCGAAAAGGUAUUGGCAGCACUGCAUAAACGACUUUACGAAACCCAUGAUAUCAUCGUAAACAAAAAAAAAAUGAGUUCCUUAGAUUUCCUAAAAGGGUAAUAAUUGCUUUUAAAACGAUACGUUUUGUUUCGUGUCGCGAUAGCCAAUUGUGAAGCAAAUGACGGAUAGAAACACGACGCUACUUUUUGUUAUUUACAAUUGUGAGUGUUCAAAGCAAUAAUUUUGCACAACGAUCGAUGUUCGAGCAGGAUGAGUCAUUUCUCGAGGCGUUUCCACCGUGAAUUCCAAUCGUAAAAGACUUGUCGGCGAUCGGAAUCGAGGACGAGAACCUUCGCACCGAUAUUUUAAAUCAUUUCGCAAAUUUGCAAAUUCCCACCGA